CGCGAUGGAUCAGCCAGCCCAGCCAGCCGUCUCCGUGACCUCUACCGCAGCCCUGAGAGAGGAUCUGGGGCAAAGAGAGGAUCUGGGGCAUGAAGAGGAUCUGGGGCAUGGAGCGUCCUUACUCCGAGUGGGGAAACCAAGCCGGAAGAAAUCAUCUUAUGAAAGAGAUGGAUGGUGGAGAAUAAACUUAACAAAUACUCCUAUACCUGGUACUUACCACUUGAAGACUUUUCUUGAGGAAGCUCUGUUAAAUCCUGUGAUAACGACAUACAAUUUUAAAAAUGAAGGAAGAAGAAAGCCACCUCUUCUACAAAGAAAUGAUCCAACACUACUUGAUAUUCCACAGUACAAGCCUCCCGACUUCAUAGAGCUAUUGAAGAAGCAGGUGGCCUCGUACUCAUUCAAGGACAAGCCCCGGCCAAGCCCCAGUACUCUUGUUUACAAAGAUAAGUCACUUGAGCUUUCCCCGGGGCAAUAUGAGGUACUUCCUAUGCCAGUUUCCAAGCAAGCUUCCAGGAGCUUUGUCUUUCGUUCUACAGUUCAAAGAUUCCCACCAAACUACUUCACUCCGCAUGAAGGCCCAGGACCAGGUGAAUAUAACUUAAAAAUACCUCCAACAAGUUCCAUUACUUCUUCUUUUCGAUCCAAGGUACCACGAUUCUUGCCCAGCUGCUCUAGAACCCCAGGCCCAGGAGCUUAUACAGCUUCCAAUCAGUUCCCCCAACAGUCCCCCACCAUAGCCAAAAUGGGCCGAGAACACAGCCUCUUCUUCAACAACACUAUUGGUUUAUAAAAUAAAGCAGUUUUGGCAUUAAGCUACUUGGGAGUUUUAGUAAGUUCUUAUGUUUGGAAUGCUAUUUUGUCUGUUCCUUAGGGGAUACUUGACUAUAGAAACACAAUUG